AUGGAGAAUCAAGGCCUUGCUUCUUCCCUAGAUUUGGAGAUGGUAGAUCCAUCCUCUUUGAUGCAUGCCAGUAACAAGGAUCGGACUGAGUUUCCGCCUUCUAGGGAGGGUACCUCCUCGUCAAAAGGGUCUUUUCGAAUUAAAAAAGUUAAUGGAUGUUUGGAGAGAUCAGAAGAUAGACCAGUUUUGGUUAUUCAACCUGAGCAGGUUUUAGAAGAUGUUGAUUACUGGGGCAAGCAUGCUCUUAUAUGCAAAUUUUUGGGCCUUCGUCUCUCUCUUCCUGUGUUGGAGUCCUGGGCACGUCAGAUUUGGAACCCUGAAGGAGAUAUGGAGAUUCUUUUAGCGGCUAAUAACUAUUUCCUGGUUAUUUUUUCAAGCAUAGCAGACAGGAAUAGGGCUUUUGAGGGUGGCCCUUAUUUCUUUAACCAAGUUGGGCUCUUUAUCAAGCCUUGGCAUAUGGGCUUCAACUCGUUGGAAGAGAUCCCGUCGCGGGUGCCUGUGUGGGUUCGUUUGCUGAGGCUUCCGUUGGAAUUCUGGAGGGAAGAUAUCCUCCACUCAAUCUCUUUACUUCUUGGGAAACCUGUUGGAUCGGCUUCACAGACUCAAGAUCAUAAGGUAAUUUCCUUUGCUCGCAUUUGUGUUGAAGUUGAUUUGAAUAAUCGAUUACGAGACUCUAUGGAAAUUUGCAUGGGUUCUUCCUCCUGGACUCAGCAGCUAGAUUACGAAACCCUCCCAUUCAGAUGCAGAAUUUGCCAUGAAUAUGGUCAUCUUCAUCGCAGAUGCCCCAGAUUGAAUACUUCCCCCUUGUCUGCCUCUGAACCUCCUAGGUUGAACAAGGGGAAAGCUCUAGUGUUUGAUGGGCCUGUUGAUAAGGAGGGAUUUACCCUGGUUAAAUCCCGUAAUAAAGGCGACGGUAAGAAGAGACCUUGGAUGGAUAGACAGAAUGAUGACACAUUUAACAAGUUUGAGGUUCUGGAUAGCGUAGUCCAAGAAGAUGGUAUUCCAACUGAGCUUUCUUCUGGGGUUAAGGGUCAAGUAGAGAAUCAAGAGGUGGUUGCAAGGAAGGAGGAGUCGAUUCUAUCGUCAGGGGUUCAACAGGUUUGUCAACCAGCUUUGGACUUGCCCUCUCAAGUUCAGAAUAUUGGUGGCCUCCAGGAGUCACAGAUUACGGUGGGUAAUGCUAGUUUGGCUCCUUGUCUGGAAGUUUUGAAGGCAUCCGCGGAUCCUGUGAAGGGUGCUAAGGCUCCUCCUACCUUAGGCUUGAAUCAAAAUAUUUUAAAAAGGGGCCUCUAG